UUAUAAACAACGCAUGUGCCAAGUUCUGUUCAAGCUACAUUUUGCUUGCUUUUAUUAGACAACAAAGCUUUAACACAGUAAGCUGCCACUUAUUAAAAGUACUAAGUUGUUGUGUGGAGGCUACCCAUGCUGUAAACGCAGUGCUGUGGCAUCCAGGUGAAAUAUCUCAACAGCACAAACGUCUAAAAUUACAGACCUCUUCCCUUCUCUCUUCUUACGAAUCACUGGCUUCGAUCGACCUCAACACAUGGAGCACACUCGAUAAGUUGAGCAGAGAAGUGAAAGAAUCUUGGUUGGUAGCUAGGUUUGGGUUUGUACUUGUGAAUGAGGUGUGCCUUUUACUGCGUUCGAUCUCUGGCAAUGUUACUGAUUCCGAAAAAAAAAAAAUCUUGUGUAACUGUGACCUCUCUCUACCUGGUGUCCAACAGGAAAGUAUAGAAAUGGUGGCUGAAUUUGUCGAUAACCACUGCCCACACCUUGUACGAUCUACUCCGAAUAACUACCCUCCAUUGUUGACUCCACCCACAAACACCUGUUUUGACUGUGACCGACCAUUGGUGUCUAAUCAUUCUUGCCAUAUAAAGUGUUACUCUCUGAAUGGUUUUGUUAGAGGAAGAAAGUGUACGCUAAGGUGUAAAGUUUGCAACAUAACUUAUAACUAUGCUCACUUUGGAAACAAGUCUGAGAAUGGAUUCCGUAUGUACCCCCAAACUCAAUAAAGUGUCUGACACCAUUUAUUUUUCGUUGGAGUGGCAGUGUAGCCUUGCUAAUCACUCUUGGGUUUCCUUUCAAGGGUUUGCUGAAAGUUACAAUACUGCUUUAGAGAUACCACCAGAUGAAGGUAUAAAUAGAGAAGCAAAUAAUUUAUGUCUAGAUAAGUAAUGGUGUUCAAGUACAGAGCUUAGUCCCUGUAUUGUUGGGGAAGCCUUCUAUAAUGGAGAAGUGGAGAAUGAGUUGAGACGAGUCAAUAAGAUCGACUAUCGUUUCCAUAAAGACAGUGAGAGAGAGGAGUGUAUGGAAAGGAUUGAAGAAGUAAGGCGGCAAUCUCUAUAUACCACCACAAAGAAGACACGUGUACUGCUGAAUGCAAGAAAAGAGGUUGUGGUCAACUGUGGGUUACAGAUGGAAUUUGGAAGACUGUUUUCCCACACUGCAUGUUCAAAGUUGAGCAAAUCAGUGAUGGAAUUCCAGCUCUCAAUUUACCUGAUGUGUGUACAAACUCCCCAAUUCACAAUAAGGCGUUUUGCGAGGAACACUGUCUUUUGCUACAGAAUGAAGCUCCUGAUGUGCCUAUUGAUCUGAGACAGUUUCUCAAAUAUUGUGGUGCUCAAGCAGUUGAAAAUGAAGAGGAGUGUGAGGGUGACACUGAUACUGUUGAUGCAGUUGUGAACUCUAUUAAAGUCAAUACAAACCAAUUUGGAACAUCUGCUACCACCUCACAAGGUACUGCAGCUUUAAUUGAGAAGCAUCCUAAACUAGUACGAAGUACUGUGUAUGAUGACCCUAAUGAACGAGUUUGCAGGAAAGAUACGGGUAAAUCCAAACGGUUGAGGAAGUGGUCUAGAGGGCACCAAUUUGUCAUCAGAGGGGGUGGUCAUAUUGACACUUGGCAACCAUUGUACAGGUCUGAAUCGCCAUCACAAGUGUUCUUAAUUUUGAUUCAAUGGCUGCUGUCUCUAGCUAAGUCUCGUGGUGGUAUUGGGAAGCCUAUCUCAUUGGCCUAUGACAACAUGUGCAAUUUAGCAAAGCUGAAGGCUGCUCGUGCUCCUCUACCAUUUACUCCGCCAUUGGACCGUUUGUGGCUUGAUGUUAACAAAAUCAUCGAUGUGUUUCAUUUUCAAAACCAUGUGUCUCCAGAUUGUAAAUUAAAGUUUUCUCCUGCUGAACUGAAGAGCGAGAAUCCUGACUUCAAUACACAGGCUGGGGAGCAGACAUUUGUUUGGGUACAUCGGUUUAGUCAUAUUCUGUGCUCAAUGAACAAGGUUCACCACCUUUUUUAUCUCCACCGAAUGGUAUUAAGCCGAAACGAGUAUACCAGCAAGUGCUAUGCUAGAGGAAAAAAGCCAAUUCUCCCAAAAGGAACUGCAAAGUAACUGUUUUAGAAGUAAAUUGUUUUGCAGUGCUUAUACAUGUGAAUGUGUUGAGAUAUACAUGCAGUCACCUAAUUAGCAAUUACUAUCACUUUACUUUAUAUGAUACCGAUAUCCGACUAGAAAAACAUUUGCAAUGUGAAAAAUUGCUAGGAUUGGCCAGGGGAACCACAAAAAAGCGUGGAAACAAGAAAUCCGACGAGAGCAUAACUCCAAUCCGUUACAACGUCAAUCACAUGUACUGGUAGUUUUCCAUGUUUUCCCUGCCAAUAUAUUAUAAAUACACAAUUUUUAUUAUACAU